GAAACAUGGUGGCUCGGUGUGCGAUCCGUUGUCUCAUCUCAGCGGAAUUCAAAAGUCACAGGAAAGUAAUAGUAGUUGCAGUUGAGCCAUUUCGCAAACGUUGUCAUAGCAAGUAUACCAACAAUUUGACUCGCAAGCCACAGAGGGACGUGGUAUAUCACUACACAACCUACAAACAUCCCCUCAAGUGUUCAAACCGACAACAAAAGAAGACUUAUUUAAGAUGUCUGACGACGAGUUUAUGAUGGAUGACAUUGCCGAUGAUGAGGAAUACGACUUUGAUUACGAUGAUGAUGACGAUGAUGUCGAAGAAGGUGCCGUUGGAGAUGUUGAGAAUCAGUAUUACAAGGCAAAAGCUUUAAAAGAAGAUGACGCACAAGGUGCAUUAAAGGCGUUUAGAACAAUUGUCGAUGACCAACCGGAGAAGGGAGAAUGGGGAUUUAAAGCGUUGAAGCAGAUGACAAAAAUGAACUAUCUUCGGCUGCAUGAACCCGAGAAGGCUUUAGAAACCUAUCGAGAGCUUCUCGGCUAUACUAAAAGCAAUGUGACCAGGAAUUAUGCCGAAAAAACGAUCAAUAAUAUUCUCGAUUACGUGGGUGGAGAAGGAAAGCACGCCGCAAAAGCUCCGAAAGUGCCCUUAGAUACUUUAGAGAAGUUCUAUGAGGUUACUAGAGUAGCAUGUGAUGAAGCGAAGAACGAGCGAUUAUCAACCAAGUGUAAUUUGAAGCUUGCUAAGCUCUGGUUAGACCGAAAGGAAUACACCCGUCUUCAUCCGAUCCUUCAAUCACUCCACGCCACAUGUGCUCCUGCUGCCAACUCUGUCUCGUCUGACGACCAAUCGAAGGGUUCAUUAUUGCUUGAGGUCUAUGCCAUGGAGAUUCAAAUGUACAGCAACUUGAAGGAGACACGAAAGCUCAAGGCCAUUUACAAUGCUGCCAUGCAAGUGCGGAACGCCAUCCCUCACCCUCGCAUCAUGGGCGUUAUCAAAGAGUGCGGUGGUAAAAUGUGGAUGCAAGAGAAGGCAUGGGGUAAGGCGUCGGAGGACCUCUUUGAGUCUUUCAGACAGUACGACGAGUCAGGGUCUGCUCAAAGAAUACAGGUCCUCAAAUAUCUCGUGCUCAACACCAUGCUUAUGGGCAGUGACAUCAAUCCAUUUGACUCUCAAGAAACCAAACCAUACAAAAACGACCCACAAAUCGUGGCUAUGACGAACCUUGUUUCAGCUUAUCAAAGGCGCGAUGUGCAGGAAGCGGAGAGCAUAUUGAAAGCUAAUCAAGCUACCAUCACCAACGACCCGUUCAUUGAUCACUUUGUCGGUGACCUUUUGACUUCUCUCCGCACUCAAUACAUUGUCGAUAUCAUCAAGCCUUACACUCGUCUUGAACUUGAUUCUCUUGCGGACAAACUGAACAUUCACAGAAGUGAAGUUGAGAGUCUAGUGGUAUCUCUGAUCUUGGAUGAUAAAAUUAAAGGCAAGAUAGAUCAGGCCAAUGGCAUACUGGUGCUUGACCGAUUUGGUAUGGCUCAGAGGAAACGGUAUCAAGCACUGGGCACAAUGGCCGCGGAACUUGAUAUCUUGGCUGGCAAGGUAGAGAGCGAAAAGUUGGGUGUCAAAGAUGGUGGAGCGCGCGCGUGGGUCGGUAGUCAGGCUAUCUUUGGCUAAGCGCGCGUGGGAGGAGGAGAUGAGGGAUAGGAAGCUGUGAGCUCUGGGGUUAUAUUGUAGCUGGUGAAGAAAAGCGCGUUUCGGGUUGUAUGAUGAGAAGAUUUUGUACGAACAAUUUAGAAGGAUGAAAAACGUCAUCAUCA